AUGAGUGCUGCCCUUCGCCAAAUCGCCCCAGCACCACGACGGCCGCUGCCAGGUCACCAGCCUCGAGUCACGUUCUAUGACCUGCCCGCCGAAUUGCGCAUUGAGAUCUACAAGCUCGCACUGGAAGGCGUGGUCAUCCAUGUCCUGCCUCUCAAUACCGUCGAGGAGAGGAAGAUCCCACAUCCUCUCACUCGGGCCAGCCGACAAGUCCGCAAUGAGGUCCUACCGAUGAUUCACUCCAUGUGCCCCAUUCGCUGCUCCAUCACCGACUUCUGCUUCGACGGAUUACUGGCCUGGAUGCACCGUAUUCCGCCGGACGAGCAGAGCAAGCUGCUCAAGAACGAAAACCUGCGCAUACAUUUUCAUACCACCGGCAAUAACGCCCCACGGGGUCUGGACAGCUUACGGAAAUGGCUUCACGACCGGGCUGAUCCGUGCAGACCUCAGCCGAAGUGGUCCUACCAGGGAGCAACACCUCCCUCGAAGAUCUGCGCAGACCUACGGCGAAGAGCGAAGCGGAUGAGGGAGAGUGGGAAGCAGGCUGAAUUGUAUGCCAUUUUGAAGGCCCUUUCCAUUCCAUGUACGCCAGAGCGCGAGGCCAGGGUACGGACCGCAAACACAUCUUGA